GCUUAGCCAUGCAUCCCUGGCAGAAAUAAUUUUAGAAUCUCUUAUUUGUAAUUUUUUGCUUAGUGUCCGAUCGAGAAAUUUCAUAUUAAUCCAUGACCGGGCCGCGUUUAAAAAUGAUCAGAAAGUGAAGUGGCGGGCGAAGAGUAGCCUCACCAACCUUCAGUUAGUUAGGAGCACCAAAUACCCUCAGCUGGUGGCGACGGCAACGCUCAGCCAUCGAUUUUUAUUCGAAGCGAAUGUUGCGGAAUUUCCCACUCAACUUUCCAACGCGAGUGUAGAGAGCUCUGAAUUGAAAUCGACGACGGCGGCACUUGUCACAGCGCAAUGCAAGACGGUGGACACAUAACGCUUACGCUCUCACCCGGAUCGGGCACGACAUCGGGAUUGCUGGGCGAUGAGCGGGGCAGAAAGAGUCUGCGACGGGCUUGGAAUCAGCUGCCGCGUUGUCAGCGUAAUCUCAUCAUUCUGGGCAUCACGGCCUUGUGCGUAACGGCGGUGCUCUGCCUGAGCGGCGAUCAGUUGACAGCUACCAGCCACCAGGACGAAGACCUAAAGACGGUUCCCUAUCAUCUGCCUCUGCAGAAUCCGCACCACCAUCCACCGUUGCCGGUGAAGGAGCCGCCCGAAGCUGUAGAGGAGGGGGCGCUUCCCGCUCCCGAAGAUAAGCGCCAGCCCCACCCGGAGGCGCUGAGCGAUAAGUUUAAUGAGAUUGUGGCCUACGGCGAUGGGAACUCUGCCGAGAAUGUGGUCCGUCUGCCGGAGACUGUGGCCGCGCAGGGUCCUCCUCAGGCCGUGGCCUUGCCCCCUCCAGAGAAUAACAAGGAACCGGACAUCGGUGGGAUCGACAUACUCAAUAAUGUGGAGGAGCCCAUCGAUCAGAAGCAGCCGCUGCAUCUAAGCGAACGCGAGCUGCUCGAUCAGGCCAUCAAAAGUCCACUAAAGCUGGGCGGUGUCAGCUUCAAGGAGCAUCUGCGCAAGAUACAACCGCUCCUGGUCAAAGGCCAGCACUUCCACGGAGCGACCAAUGAGCGUCAAUCGGCGGUAGUGGCCGCCUUCAAGCACUCCUGGGCGGGCUACAAGAAAUAUGCCUGGGGCCACGACAAUCUGAAACCAAUCUCGCAAUACUCGCACGAGUGGUUUGGCCUCGGUCUGACCAUUGUGGACUCUUUGGACACCAUGUACAUUAUGGGUUUGGAUGAUGAAUUCAAAGAGGCACGAGACUGGAUAGAUAAUUCAUUGCGCUUUGAUACUAAGCGCGAUGUUAAUCUCUUCGAGGUGACCAUACGGGUUCUGGGUGGCUUGCUGUCUGCUUAUCAUCUGAGCGGGGACACCAUGUUUCUCGCCAAGGCAUCGGAGUUGGGUAACCGCUUGUUGCCCGCAUUCCUGUCGCCGUCUAGCAUUCCCUAUUCGGACGUAAAUCUCGGCGAUCUAUCGGCACACUCCCCAAAAUGGUCACCGGACAGUUCCACCAGUGAGGUCACCACCAUUCAGCUAGAGUUCCGUGACCUGAGUCGGUCCACAAAUAUUUCCAUCUACGAACAGGUUGCCCACAAAGUGAACGAGAAGGUGCAUGAUUUGGAAAAGAAUCAUGGCCUCGUGCCCAUAUUCAUCAAUGCCAACACGGGAACCUUCCGCAACUAUGCCACCAUUUCACUAGGCGCACGAGGAGAUUCUUACUACGAGUACUUGCUCAAGCAAUGGAUUCAGACGGGCCGCAAAGAUAACGAUAACCUUAUCCUAGACUACAUGCAGGCCAUUGAUGGCGUGCUAACUGAGUUAAUGCGUCGCACUCCUAGGGAGCAUUGGGUUUACAUUGGCGAGCUGAUCAACGGCAAAGAUUUCAAGCCGAAAAUGGACCACCUAACGUGUUAUUUGCCGGGUACUCUGCUUCUGGGACACCAGAACGGCAUGCCGGACUCGCACUUGAUCCUGGCGAGGGACUUGAUGGAUACUUGCUAUCAAACCUACAUGAUGAAUCCCACACACUUGGCCGCAGAGAUUUCGUACUUUGCACUAACCGAUAAGGACGAACAGGACAUCUAUGUGAAGCCAAACGAUGCACAUAACCUGCUUCGGCCGGAGUUCGUUGAGAGUCUCUAUUAUUUCUACGCUUUGACCGGGAAUCGCACAUACCAGGACAUGGGCUGGACCAUAUUCCAGGCGUUCGAGACACAUGCCAAGGUGAACGCAGGCUACACGUCGCUGGGGAAUGUGAAGAACACGCAGAGCACGCGCCUACGCGAUCUGAUGGAGAGCUUCUGGCUGAGCGAGACCUUGAAGUACUUCUACCUGCUGUUCAGCGAUGACCGCAAGGAGAUCGAUUUAGAUCAGUGGGUCUUCAAUUCGGAAGGCCAUCCACUGCCUGUCUAUCCGCUCAAGACUUAAUUAGCCAACUAAUUGGAGGGCAACGCAACUUAGUUGCGUCGGCGUAGUGCACUAACUGGAAACAGGAAUGAAAGGAGUAGGCGCAUUUAAGCUGCAAUAAUCUCUUACUCUAGCGCAAAUGCCAAAUAAUAUACUAAGCUUAGGGUUAGGCCGAGCUCACACAUAGUUGGUGGCCAAUCGAAAGAAGCAGUGUCCCAUGCUGGGAUGGGUCGAUUCUGAUUAAGAAGGGGAGAUACAUAUAGAUCACCAAAUUCUACAUGUACAUGCUACGUUUUUGAAACUACCUGUAGGAUAAACAACUUGAAAUUUUUGUAUACAAAAAAAUAUUUUUUAAAUUAUUUGUUUAAAUGGCGUUGCUCCCUGAACCUCGAAUGUCUUUUAACAAAAAGGAUAAGGAGAUGUAAGGAAAGGUAUAUCUUCCAUGCAAUUUGAAUUGCAUAUUUUUAUAUCAAUAUAAAAAAUAAAAGAAAAAUUCUUUAAUGUU